AUGCCAACAGCGUUGUGGAUUUGGCUGCCCUUGGUAAUCGUGUUAAGUCUGCGGAUGUCCAGUUGCCGCCUGGUCGGCAAAUGUAGCUUGGCCAGGAAGCUAUAUCGCUAUGGUGUUCCUUACAGCGAGCUGCCGGAUUGGCUUUGCCUGGUCGAGGGUGAGAGCUCAUUUAAUACCAAAGCCAUUAAUCCGUCGAAUGUGGAUGGAUCCGUGGACUGGGGACUGUUUCAAAUCAAUGAUCGCUACUGGUGUAAGCCGGCUGAUGGGCGACCCUCCACGGAUCUCUGUCGUUUGCCUUGUCGCUUGCUGCUCAGCGAUGAUAUCAGGUACUCAAUUGCCUGCGCCAAGUACAUCAGGCGGCAGCAAGGAUUCUCCGCCUGGGUUGCAUGGAAUAAUCGCUGUCAAGGCGUCAAGCCAAACGUGAAACAUUGUUUUAGACGUAGUUACAAAUACAUUGGUUAACAAUCAGCGUAUAUGCAAUGUGAUAUUAGAAUAUCGAAUAAAUUUCUUCUCAAUUCAUUCUGUGUGCUUAUUUACCACUGUAAA